AUGGACACGAUUGAAAAUGACAAUCUGAAGCUACGAAAUAGUCUGUCUGAUUUUAUUUCUGAUGAUGAGAACGAAGAGUUUGGAUGCCUUGAUACAAUAAGAAGUGAUGUUAACUUCAAUGGGCUUCAUGAAGAAUACAGUACAGCUGCUGGAUUCCAUCAUUCCCAAUUUUCAGAUCCACCGGUCUCCUCUCAUCCAAAAUUUGCUGGUUCCUUUUCUGAUACAAUUUCAUAUACUGAUAUUGAUUGGUCAUUUGAUAGCUCCCGCUUGGGUCUAAGCUCUCAAAAUUGGUCUCACAGCAUGUUCACGAAUCCCGAAAAUAAGACAAAUACUUCGUUCCAUGUUAGAAAUCCAGAACUUUCCAGCAUUUGUAGAUUCCCAGUGAGAAGUCAGGAAGCUGAAGGCCUGGAUUUAAUUGGGUGUGAUAGAGAUGCAAACAAUCAUAAUUUGCAAUCCUCAAAAUGUGAGGAUCAAAUUGAUCUUAACAUUGCUGCCAUUUGCAGUGGAUUCCAAACCCAUUGUUUACAAGAACAUGAUGCUGAGACUUUUAAUGUUGGAUACCAUACAAAUCCCACCACGUCUCUUAACAGGACAGAUAAGAUCUCAGGCUAUAAAGACAAUUCAGGGAAUAUACCUAACCUUACAACCUUUCCUCAGAACUCUGUUGGAUUAAGAUGUAGUAAUCUUAUUAACUUUAGUUUACACCCAUCGUCUGCCUUUCAACAAUCUAUUAUAGUUGGUGGGGAUAACCCUUUUCCCAGGCCAAGCAAUGACGAUGGUUGGAGUGCUGACGUAAUGAAGUGCAAUGAGGAUAUCCUCAAAUCACUUAGAAGUGCUGCCCCCUCUACGACAGAAUCUAUCAACAGCCAAAUUGGGAUAUCUUCACGAAGCUGGUUUACUGACUUAGAAUCUUGUUUACAUAGGAGGGAUCAAAGUCAACAGCCUAUUGAAGAGACUGAUGUCAGGAACUUCUCGUCUGAAUUUCCAACAUAUGCUCCUUCCCUUGGGAUCUCUGCGACCAUUUCUGUUCCAGAUCAGUCAUUCGAGCAUGAUCAAUCUGGACCUUCUCAGCCUCCCCAAAACUUUGGCGAUUCUCUUACUACAGGAAAUCAAGAUGCAAGAGAAUUUGGGACAGCCGAAGAUUCUGGUAUUGCUAAAUCAUUUCAAGCCCAUCUUGCAAAGGUUUCCCAACCGAUCAUUGAUGAGAGCAUUCCACUCGUCUCUUCCAAGUUUGAAGAUCAAAGAGAUCGUUCUUUCGAAGGCUCGAAGAGCUCACGUUAUAUAAAAUGCCGAGAGUUGGACCAAACUCCGAAAUUAAGUGGACAAAGAUGCUACUUAUGUAAGAGAGAUCUUUCAUUCAAACCAGAAGGCUCAGUUGCCAUUCCAAAAAUUCUACCUACGGUGGCUGUACUGCCAUGUAGCCAUGUGUUUCAUGGCCUUUGUUUGGAACGCAUUACUCCCCAAAACCAAGCUGAAGAACCUCCUUGUAUUCCUUGUGCUGUUGGCGAAACUUGA